CAAACUGCGGAAGUUAGCAUAGCAGCUCACACUUCUAUUGGGCAACGUGCGAGAUUGAAGUGUUAGUUGUUGGCGUCGUUAAACUGUCUACACUAUACAACAUCAAAAUGUUGAAAGACUUGGUGAGGGAGCGACUAAUCGCGGCCGCCGACGAAAUAUUCCGACUGUUUGAAAAAACGAUAGCGUCGUACGAGGAGCAACUUCGUUGCGCGAGAGAGGAGACCGAGCGACGACGACAACUGGAAGCCGUUUGCAACACUCAAAUUGUGUUACGCGUCCAAGACGUCCAACAGCCAAUUUGUCGUCCGGAAGAACUUCCUCAUCAGUGGCAGUGCUCCAAUCUGAAGCAAGAGGAUCCGCAGCUCCCCCAUGUCAAAGAAGAAGAAGAAGAGGAGGCCGACGUCAGCAAGUUGCCAGCGACUGGUCUCUCUGUGAAGAGCGAAGAUGACGAAGACGAGCCCCCCAAGAUGUCACAGCUUUACCAUCACAGUCCUAGUGGAGACCACUGUAGAGGACCACAACCAGACAACGUCUUAGCUCCACUGUCAGACAGUAACGACAUGGAACAAACGUUAAGUGACGCAGACUGCCGAGGUGAUGACAAACGCGUUAAAUGUUUUGUUGAAGGCACAACUCUUGACAACAAGGAAGCUUUACAAAAGUGUAAAAAAAUUGUUACCUGCUUAGUUUGUGGUGAUAGGUUUACCAAACAACAUUUGAUUAGACACAUGAGAAUACACACGGGAGAGAAACCCUUUCAUUGCUCAGUUUGUAGUAAUCGGUUUACUAAAAAGUCAGCUUUGGUGAGACACAUGAGAAUACACACAGGAGAAAAACCAUUUAGUUGUUCAGUUUGUUGUAAAGCAUUCAGCGAAAAGUCCCAUAUGGUUAAACACAUGAAAAUACACACAGGAGAAAAACCCAUUAGUUGCUCAAUUUGUAAUAAUAGGUUUACUAAAAAGUCAACUUUGGUGAGACACAUGAGAAUACACACGGGAGAAAAACCUUUUAGUUGUUCAUUUUGCAGUAAAACAUUUGGCGGAAAGUCUGAUAUGGUUAAACACAUAAGAAUACAUACAGGAGAAAAACCCUUUAGUUGCUCAGUUUGCAGUAAAACAUUCAUUGAAAGGGGAAAUAUGAUGAAACACAUGAGAAUACACACAGGAGAAAAACUUUUUGUUUGCUCGUUGUGUAAUAAAACAUUCCGGCGACGGUCACAUCUGGAAUCACAUCUGAGAACGCACACAGGAGAAACACUUUAGUUGCUCAGUUUGUGGCGACGUUUUGCUCAUCUAAACUGUUUACCGGUAGUUGUACACAUGCGAACACACAACAAAGGGACAAUAAAAUAUUUUACAGUAGACCCUGCAACACCAUGGAUGGACACAUGAUUAUAUGUCGAUCCUGCUACAAUUCUGAAAACUUAAUCUGCUUUACUAAAUCAAAAUAAAGAUGAUGUGGAAAUAAACUAAUGCCCCUGUCAAUCAAACUGAAACAAGAAACGAAAUUGAUAAAACAUGAUGAAUUUUGUUGUAUGUGUAAAAAUGUAUCAUCAAUGUAACGUUACAUAGAUUGGUACAACUAUUUACAGAGUUGAAAAUUUUUUUUUCCAACAUUAAAUUGUUACACUUCACAAUUCACGUCCUCUUAGAGCUAACGGUUGUGAUUGGCUCUCUCUGGUCAUGAGCCAUUCUGCUGUAGUCGCAAACAUGACAUAUUUUUCCAAAUAUGACCUCAAAGCGCCACCUCGUGGCGCAAUCUAUUAGUUUGCCUGUGGUUUUGAUAAGAUUGGACUCAUCGUUACACUUGAACACACAUUUCAUCUUUCUAAUUUUUGACUUUUUAUGAAACAUUCACUUAUCUGGGUCGUAAAAUGAAGCGAUAUUGUCAAAAUUGUCCAAAUUUGUCAUUAGGUCAACACGGUAUCAUGUUUUCCACAUGCUGUACACGUACAGUAUAGUGCAACAAACAAAUUUUUUUAAAUUAUGUAUUUACAUUUCAUGUUUUGUUAUCAGUUUAUUAUUUGUAUAAAGUACAAAUAUGGGGUUAAUUCCAAAAUAAUGAUCGAUAGUUUUCAUGCACUUAUUUUUAGAAGAAACAUCUUGAUGCAGUAAUUCAUGAGAAAAUGUUUGUAACGCCUUAGCAGAGCAUUGCUGUGGCUUAAGUAAAACAAGACGUUCAUUGACUUACGAUUUUGGAAAAAGUGAUCGGCAUGUUUGCCUGUUUUCUUUUGUUCGUGUGUUUGAGUAAGGAUUGCAGGGUACAAAAUCAGUUGUGCCUUCUUUCCCUGCUCGGUGAUGAUGCCUCUGAUUGUGGUGCAACUUGAGCAGCUUUUACGGGUUGAAUCUUUUAUGAAUCUCAUAAGUGGACGAGCAGCUCACGCGGCCACGCCCGAGUCCUUCCCCUCUCUCAUGCUCACUCGCUUUUCCAAGGGGGACACAUGCAGAUGCACACAGGAGAAAAAUACACUUUUUUUGUACAGUUUGCGGUAAAACAUUCAUGGGAAAGUCAAAUAUGGUUAAGCACACAAGAAUAUACACAGGAUCUGGGAUCGCGGGUGUGCUGGCGCCUAUCCCAGCUGAUUCAACUCGGCUUUUCAUUUGAACACGUUUAACAGUAACCCGGUACUACAAAGGAAAUGAGAAGUGAACAAUUUCACUAUAGUGUGACAACAUUGAUCCUGCCGUGCUUGGCAUUAUUCUUCUUUUAUGUUUCUAUUAUUCUAGUUUAUGUUUCCAUAACCCCUGUUUUGUAGUAUUUGUACCAUAA